AUGAGGGAAACAUGGAUUGCCACUAGUGCACUGGUCAGUCCUGAGGACAUCCAAGCAUUUAGAGAAUUCCGUUUGGAUUGGCACAAUCUCAUUCCCAGGGGCAUUGAGUCGCCGGAGAAGCUAGCAGCCACAGAAACCGAAGUGACGAAAGCACUGCUUCAGUUUGAAGACAGUAUCAGUGACAACAUCUGUGCGCUUCAGGACAAGGACCACGCCAGUUGCAUCCGAGAUCCCAGCUGCACCUGGAUCGAGGAUUCCAAGAGUUCUUGUCGAGUGUCCAGUGCUCAAGACGACAAACAGUUCACACUGCCUCGGGACGAACCUGCUGAAGUGUGCCAUAAUGGGAGUCCUUUGGUACUGCGAAAGAUUUCUCAGGUCCAUUGGGAGCCGCAAUCCACUUGGGAAGGAUGCACUUCCUUCUCGCCGCUGCGUGUGUUGCGCAUUGAAUUGAACAGCAACGCCAAAGACAUGUUCUUUCACUUUAUGCGCAACUUCUUAAAGCCAUUCAUGUACAUGGCUCACCGCGACCAAUACUUGUCGGACAUGGACAUGCCGAACGUCAUUGUAUUGACCGCCAAAACCAAAUUCCUUCGCUGGUUCGCACUCUUUACUGAUUACUGCCCUCGCUUGGAAGCGUCGAUUCCAGUUGGCGUUUGUGUUUGCGAAACGGGCGCUGUGCGGUACACGACAGAAGGAUCGUCUGGAAAUUGGUGCAUUCCUGAGGAUACAAGCUCAAGUUGUUGCGCCGAGUAG